AUUAUAAUUCCAGAUUAUAGUUCCUGACGCUAGAGUUCCAAACAUAAGCGACAAAAGCAAUUGACACCAGAUAGACGUAACAAAUUUAGUCGGAGAACAUUUGAUAGAUGGGAAUUUUCCAAGAAAAAAUAAUAAACACUAAAAUAUGACAGAUGCAGAUACAAUGACAGUGAACGGUGUUUGGUGUAAAACGAGGCAAUUUUAUGCUUCAGAAAAUUAAAAAAAAUAGUAACUAUUCAACACAUUAGUUUCUCCAAUUAUAUCUAAGGAAAGUGAAUGAAAUGUCAAAAUAAAAUUCAAUAGAUCUGAAAAUUAUACAACAGAAAUAAAGUCAAUAAAGAAAAAGGAACUCACGGUUGAAGUGGACGAACCUAAAGUGAAAAAAGAAAUGUAUGUUUUGGAUUUUCCAUCAAAGAGAAAAUAUCGAAGCGAACACUUAACCUCAAACAGGGAACUGUGAAAUUUGUGAAAAUGUUUUGUAAACAGAAAUUGAAAAAAGACUUCAUUUAAUCGUCGAUUGACACCGUUUUGAUCGAUUUUAUUUCAAUUUUGAGAGGAAAUUAAAUAGAACGAGAUACAAAUAAUUGAUUUUUUCAAUAUGACGACCGUACAGCAUUUCGUCAAUGGGCUGAAAUCACGUAAUCGUGAUGAACAGAACAAAGCAGCCGCUGAUUUGAUACUUUAUGUAAAGACCGAACUGCGGGAAAUGCCCCAGGAGGAGCUGGCAUUGUUCUUAGAUGAUUUCAACCACCAUAUUUUCGAUAUGGUUUCUAGUUCAGAUGCCAGCGAAAAGAAGGGUGGUGUUCUUGCAAUAAAAUGUCUUAUCAGCGGUGAUGUAGUAAACACAGCGAGUCGUAUCCCACGUUAUUCAAAUAUAUUACGAAAUCUUCUGCCAUCGAAUGAUGUAUCAGUGAUGGAAAUUGCUGCAAAAACUUUGGUUAAAUUAGCUUUACUGCCCGGUUCAAAGGGUGCCGAAUCAUUCGAUUUUGAUUUAAAGCGAGCCUUUGAAUGGCUUUCGGAAGAACGAAAUGAGGGAAAACGUCAUGCUGCUGUGUUGAUAUUACGAGAGUUAGCCGUAGCUAUGCCAACAUAUUUCUAUCAGCAAGUAUCUGGAUUUUUUGAACAUAUUUUCACGGCAAUGCGUGAUCCAAAGCCAAUUAUAAGAGAAGGGGCUGGACAAGCGUUACGAGCAGCUCUAGUUGUAACUUCUCAGCGUGAGAGUUCCAAGCAAAUGAACAAACCACAAUGGUAUAAAUUGUGUUUUGACGAAGCAAUGGUUUGUUUCGCCGAAGUCCCAAUGAAGGAAAAGGGUGUCACAAAAGAUGAUCGGGUUCACAGUGCGCUAAUUAUUUUGGACGAAUUACUACGGUGCUCAAAUGCAAGCUGGGAGCGCAAAUACAAUUCAUUACGAUUUUUGGAACCUGAACGAAAGAAGCAUCGAACAGAUGAUUAUGGUACAUUGCUACCACGUUUCAAGGCACCUUUUAUUGAUAAAUUAUCCCACUUCAAUUCAUCUCAUACAUCCUACUUGUAUGACUUGGAUUGUAACAUGAAAUACUGCGGUAAUGUCCAAGAAUCAUCUGUAUGUCGACAAAUUAUCAUUGAAAACUACGAUGAUAUUUGCCAACGGAUCAUGGAGCAACGUCCUGUAAAAUCAGCAUAUGUACAACAAUCAUUGUUUUCAAUUCUACCCCGCCUGGUGGCAUUCAAUCGGGAAAUUUUCGUUCGUGAACACUUAAACUCUACGAUAAACUAUUUGUUAAACACUCUGCGAGGCAAAGAGAAGGAUCGAAACCAGGCUUUUGUGACACUCGGCUAUAUUGCUGUUGCCGUCAAAGAUGAGAUCGAGCCGUAUCUGCCGACUGUAUUUGAAAUCAUUAAAGCAGCACUGCCAUCGAAGGAUGCUCAUGUGAAAAGAAAACCAACUCCUGAUCCCUCUGUGUUCUUGUGUAUCACACUUUUCGGUCACGCAGUUAAAAAUGAAACAAUGAUCACUGAUUAUAUCAAAGAACUAUUGGAACCUAUGAAAUCGACUGGCGUGAGUCCAGCGCUAACAAUAUGCUUCAGAGAGUUGGCGGAACAGGUCCCACGGCUACGAAACAUAAUAUCCGAUGGACUUUUGAAUAUGCUUUCACAGGUGCUGCUUAUGAGCAAGACCUUGUCUCAGUUGGGAACUCCAAAACAUCAUAUAACCGCACAGUUUGCUUCACUUACCACAGCUGAUACCCAGCCUGAUACGGCUACAAUUGUUCUCGCUCUAAAAACACUGGGCACAUUUAAUUUCGGUGUAUUUGAUUUACUUGAAUUUGUUCAAAGAUGUGCUGAUUACUUCUUGCAACAUGAUCAGCAAGAAAUCCGUUUGGAAGCGGUUGAAACAUGCAGUCGAUUAUUGAAGAUUACGAUUCAUCAGGAUGAAUCAGAUCAGUCAACCAUUGAUAUGGUUAAUCACUGUUUAAAUCAGUUGCUCAAUGUCGGCAUAACUGAUCUGGAUGCAAAUGUACGAUUGAGAGUGCUUAAGUCACUGGAUGAAACAUUUGACAAUCAACUGGCUCAGCCGGGUUCCCUGGGGGCUCUAUUGAUGACACUAAAUGAUGAGGUGUUCGAAAUACGGGAAUUAGCUAUACAAACUAUUGGUCGGCUGUCAGCAAAAAAUCCCGCCUUUGUUAUGCCUAGUCUACGUAAAACUUUGGUGCAGCUUUUAACUGAAAUCCAACACUCAGGAAUGAGUCGAAAUAAAGAACAAAGUGCUCGCAUGUUGGAUCACCUGAUUGUGAGUACACCUCGUCUGAUAUCUGCGUACAUGAAACCGAUUCUUACAAAGCUUGUACCAAAACUGAAAGAACCAGAAUCGAAUCCUGGUGUGAUUUUGAACGUACUUCGUGCAAUCGGUGAUUUGGCAGAAGUGAAUGGAGGUAGUAAUGAGAUGGAGCGAUGGGCUGAUGAACUUUUAUCAAUCUUGUUGGAAAUGUUAGGCGAUGCUGGCUCGCCUGAGAAGCGAGGUGUUGCUCUGUGGACGCUUGGCCAAUUAAUUGGUGCAACGGGCCGAUGUGUAACACCAUACUAUAGAUAUCCAUUUUUAAUUGAUAUACUGAUAAAUUUCUUAAAAACAGAACAACAGCGCACAAUACGUCGAGAAACGAUUCGAGUUUUGGGAUUGCUGGGUGCAAUGGACCCGUACAAACACAAAAUGAAUAAAGGACUGAUCGACAGCCAGAAUGAUGCAAUUCUAAUUUCAAUGUCGGACUUAAAAUCAGACGAGCAUCAGGAUUUAUCGACGGCUGAGACUCUUGUUAACAUGGGAAAUGUUUUAGAAGAAUACUAUCCAGCCAUAGCAAUUUCAACUUUGAUGCGCAUUUUACGAGAUCCAACGUUAUCACAACAUCACACCAGUGUCGUUCAAGCAAUAACAUUUGUUUUUCAAAGCCUGGGUAUCAAAUGUGUUCCAUAUCUAUCACAAGUGCUGCCAAGUUUGCUGGGCAACAUCAGAACGGCCGAUAUGAAUCUAAAGGACUUUUUAUUCCAACAAUUGUCAACGUUGAUAGAAAUUGUGAAACAACAUGUAAUUUCGUACAUGAAUGAUAUAUUUAAAUUGAUUCGUGAGUUCUGGACGAUAAACACUCCUCUGCAUGGCACUUUGAUAAACCUUAUUGAGAAAAUUGCCAUAGCGCUCGGUUGUGAAUUUAAAGUGUAUUUAUCACAACUUAUGCCGCAAAUGCUUCGUCUUUUGGCGCAUGACAAUUCAAAAGAUCGUAUCGUAACGAUAAAAUUAUUGCAAGCAUUGCAAAGUUUCGGUGCGAAUCUCGACGAUUAUUUACAUCUAGUGAUUCCACCCGUGGUUAAGCUAUUUGAACCAUGUGAUUUGCCACUGGCGGUUUGCGUGUGUGCUUUAGAGACAGUUCAUCAUUUAGCAGAAAUAUUGGAUCUAACUGAUUUCGCAACACGAAUCAUUCAUCCAAUCGUUCGUGUGCUUGACACUAGUCCUGACCUCCGAGUACCGGCCAUGCAAACUCUAUGCUCAAUGGUGCUUCAGCUGAAUAAGAAAUAUAAAGUGUUCAUACCAUUAGUCCAAAAAGUCAUUGUAAAGCAUCGCAUUACGUGCAUAGAAUAUGAAAAAUUAUUGCCACAAAUUCAAAGUAAUACAACGGUUGUAUUGGAUGAUGAGUCAAGACGAUCAUUAAAAACGAAAAAGCGAGACGUUGCUUUAUGUUCUGACAUGAGUACCAUGAAGAAAAUGCAACCCGUUGAGUCGCAGCUACGCAUGGCCUGUCAGGCAUCACGGAGAGUCUCUAAAGACGAUUGGGUGGAGUGGUUAAGAAGGCUAAGCGUCGGUUUGUUGAAAAACUCCCAAUCGCCCGCAUUGCGGUCAUGUCAAGCAUUGGCUCAAAAUCCGACCCUGUUGCGAGAUUUAUUCAAUGCUGCCUUUGUAUCAUGUUGGACUGAAUUGAGUGAUGAAAUGAAUGAAGAACUUGCGGCUAGCUUGAGACAAGCCCUCGAAGUGCAAGAUAUGCCUGAAAUAACACAAACAAUUCUAAAUUUGGCCGAAUUUAUGGAGCAUUGUGAUAAAGAUCAACUUCGAAAAAAAACGUUGAAAAUUGACCCGAAAAUCUUGGGGCGUCGUGCAAUGGAGUGUAGAGCUUAUGCAAAGGCAUUGCACUACAAAGAACACGAGUUUCACGAAGACAAAAGUCCACAAGUGCUGGAAGCAUUGAUCCUGAUCAACAACAAGCUACAGCAAAAAGAAGCGGCCGAAGGAUUACUGGAGUAUGUUAUGGGGUGUAGAAAUGGAGAGGAAGAGCCAAAGGUGCAAGUUAGAUGGUAUGAAAAACUUCAUAGCUGGGACAAAGCAUUACAUUUAUACAAGCAUCGGCUGGACAAUAAUCAAAGCGAUUUGGACUCAAAACUCGGUUAUAUGCGUUGUUUAGAAGCCCUUGGUGAAUGGAAUGAACUUGGUAGCUACGCUAAAGAGCAAUGGCCUUCAUUGGGAGAUGGAAAAAGUCGUGCAGGACGAUUGGCAGCUGUGGCUGCUUGGGGUUUACAGGACUUUGAACAGAUGCGAGAAUAUGUGCGAUGCAUUCCAGAGGACACACAAGAUAGUUCGUUCUAUCGAGCAGUGUUGGCCAUUCGUGAUAGUGAAUUUGAAAUCGCACAAAGUUUAAUCGAUGAAACCCGUGACCUAUUAGACACUGAACUAACCGCAAUGGCAGGCGAAUCGUAUGAACGAGCAUAUGGUGCAAUGGUUUGUGUUCAAAUGUUAUCCGAACUAGAAGAAGUCAUUCAAUAUAAACUGAUCCCCGAACGACGGGAAACUAUUCGGAAUAUGUGGUGGAAACGUUUGCAAGGGGGACAACGUCUAGUCGAAGAUUGGCAAAGAAUCAUUCAAGUUCACUCACUAGUCUUGUCGCCACACGAAGAUGUGCACACAUGGCUAAAAUAUGCAUCUCUGUGUCGCAAGAGUGGUUCAUUGAAAUUAUCACACAAAACACUGGCCAUGUUAAUGGGUGUUGAUCCAUCCGAGACUCCAGAGUCACAGUUACCCACAGAUAAACCGCAAGUGACAUUCGCUUAUUGCAAACACUUAUGGAUGAGCAACGAUCAUGAGCGGGCCUACAAUCAGCUCGAUCGGUUUGUCAACACAUUCAGCAUGCAAAGUUUGACAAACCAAACUUUGCAAACCAAUGCAGUUUCCGACGAGUUGAGAGAUGAGAACAGACGGCUACUCUCACGAUGCUAUAUGCGACUCGGACUUUGGCAAAACAAAUUAGGGGGCAUAACGGAUGAUUCCAUCAAUGGAAUUCUGGGCUGCUAUGAAAAGGCAACACAACACGAUCCAAAUUGGUACAAAGCAUGGCAUUCAUGGGCGUAUAUGAAUUUUAAAGUAGUCCAAUCACAGAAGCAAACGCAAGAAAAUAAUACGAACAAUGGAGAUUUCGUACGCGACAAACGUUUCGAGAAAAAUUUGAUUACCCAAUAUGCCGUUCCAGCCGUUCAUGGAUUCUUCAGAUCUAUUAAUCUUUUGCAAGGCAAUUCCCUUCAGGACACACUGCGAUUGUUAACACUUUGGUUUGAAUACGGUCAAUACACUGAAGUGUAUGACGCUUUGGUUGAAGGCAUGAAAUUGAUUGAGAUAAACACCUGGCUACAGGUCAUACCGCAGCUAAUCGCCCGUAUUGACACACAUCGCAGCUUAGUUGGUCAAUUAGUUCAUCAACUCCUCAUUGAUAUCGGAAAACAGCAUCCUCAAGCAUUGGUUUAUCCAUUGACGGUAGCAUCAAAGUCCGCUUCACUGCCACGUAAAAAUGCAGCACACAAAAUUUUGGGUUCGAUGAGUGACCACUCACCCACACUUGUACAACAGGCAUUGAUGUGCAGUGAAGAACUUAUUCGUGUGGCAAUUCUAUGGCAUGAACAGUGGCACGAGGGUCUCGAAGAAGCAUCUAGAUUGUAUUUCGGCGAAAUGAAUGUUACCGGCAUGUUUGAUACGUUGGAACCGUUGCAUGCAAUGUUAGAACGGGGACCACAAACACUGAAAGAAACUAGUUUUUAUCAGGCCUAUGCUCGUGAUUUGAAUGAAGCUCUGGAAUGGUGCCAACACUAUAAGGUAUCCGGUAAAAUUCGUGAUUUGAACCAAGCAUGGGAUUUAUACUAUCACGUGUUCCGUAAAAUAUCACGCCAAUUGCCACAGUUGACGUCAUUAGAAUUGCAAUAUGUCAGCCCGAAGUUAUUAGCUUGUAAGGACUUAGAAUUAGCUGUGCCUGGAAGUUACACGCCUGGCCAAGAGCUCAUCAGAAUAAGUAGCAUUCACCAAAAUCUGCAGGUGAUUACAUCAAAACAACGACCAAGAAAGCUAUGUAUUCGUGGUUCGAAUGGCAAAGAUUACAUGUUCUUAUUGAAAGGGCAUGAAGAUUUGCGUCAAGAUGAACGUGUUAUGCAAUUGUUCGGUCUCGUCAAUACAUUACUCCAGCAUGAGCCCGACACGUUUAGACGUAAUCUAACAAUUCAAAGAUACGCAGUAAUUCCACUCAGCACCAAUUCUGGCUUGAUCGGAUGGGUUCCGCAUUGUGAUACAUUGCAUACCCUUAUUCGAGACUAUCGUGACAAACGUGGAAAGCUUUUGAAUUCGGAACAUCGUGAAAUGUUGAAAAUGGCACCCGACUAUGACCACCUUACUCUCCUUCAAAAAGUUGAAGUAUUUGAAUAUGCAUUGAAGCAAACCAAAGGGAAUGAUCUGGCCAAACUUCUCUGGUUGAAAAGUCCUUCGUCGGAGGUUUGGUUCGAUCGAAGAACCAACUACACAAGAUCACUGGCUGUUAUGUCAAUGGUUGGUUAUAUCCUUGGUUUAGGUGAUAGGCAUCCCUCGAAUCUAAUGUUAGAUCGAUUGAGUGGAAAAAUUUUACACAUCGAUUUUGGUGAUUGCUUCGAAGUGGCCAUGACACGUGAAAAAUUCCCCGAAAAAAUUCCUUUCCGUUUAACUAGAAUGUUGAUAAAUGCAAUGGAAGUAACCGGCAUCGAAGGAACUUAUCGACGUACUUCUGAAAGUGUAAUGCAUGUACUACGUCGUAACAAAGACAGCCUAAUGGCGGUUUUGGAAGCAUUCGUCUAUGACCCGCUUUUGAACUGGCGUCUGCUUGAUACAACCACUGACAAGAAUCAUCGAUCAAAAACGACAGAUGGAAAUGCUACAACCGGCGCUAGCUUAGCAAAUAGCGUCGAUGACUCAAUGGAUUUGUUAAGCAUUCAACAACAAAAUAGACUAAAGGGCCAACAAUUCAAUAAUAUAGACGGAAAAGGGGUGGCAGUUGGUGAAAGUGUUAAUGCUGUACACAAUCCAACCGAAGUCACCAAUAUGAAAGCCAGAUUAAUUGUCGAUCGUGUCAAACAGAAGCUGACCGGUAAUGACUUUAAUACGACUGAAGAGAUAAGUGUACAACGUCAAGUUGAUUUGUUGAUACAGCAGGCAACAAACAAUGAGAAUCUUUGCCAGUGUUAUAUUGGUUGGUGUCCAUUCUGGUAAAUGCCACCGAAUAUAUUCAAAAUAAAAAUAUUGUUUAUUGUUGUCAACUGUUUGAAAGGAAACUAUACUUCUAUGUUUUGUGCCCUGGAUUGUGUGACGGAUUGAGAAGGAAAAAAAUACAUUUUAUGCAUUUAGAUCGAAAAUUGUGGGUCACCAAUUUAAUUUUUUUAAGUCAGACUACAAGGUCCACUCACAUGCGUUAUAUUUUUUAACUGUGAAGUGAAGACGUUGCUAUUAGUUACUAUUUUUUUACACACACACACACAUACACGCGUAACAAAAACCACAAUAUGUUUGUAUUUAAUUCCAAUUAUUUCUUCAAACUGUACAUUACAAAAAAAAAACGCUAGAUAUAGUUUGUAAGUUGAUUUCUUAGAAUUACAAUAAUAAAGAUCGACUUAAAAUUUA